CAAUGAUCAACCAACUUCUCCCGCCAAAAAUUCUCUAAUUGAUCAACUACGAUACUUGUUAAUCCUCUGCUGGACAGUUUUAAAUGGCGUCCUAUUGUGGAUCAAGGGAGUUUUCAAGUAUUUCCUCUUCUCCAAUUAUAAGAAUCAAGCCUAUGAGAGCGGUAUUAAAAACAAUCCAAUAAUGAAUGGUAAUUUUGCUCCGAUUCAUGAUGAAUUGACCAUCACAAAGCUUCCGAUUAUUAGUGGUGAAAUUCCAAAGGAUUUGAAUGGAAUUUAUGCAAGAAUUGGACCAAAUCCACAAUUUAAUCCACUCUAUAAUUUGCAUUGGUUUGAAGGUGAUGGUCAUAUUCAUGCACUUGAAUUCAAGGAUGGAAAUUGUUCGUAUCGAAAUAGAUUCGUCCAAACUGAAAAGUACUUGCAAGAGAAGGAGAAUGGAAGACCUCUCGCUCAUAGUAUGAUCAUGGAUGGUGGCAUUAAUCCACUUCUCAAAUAUACCUAUCAUUACUUGUACGAGAGAAUGUAUAGAGGAUUGAAUGGACCACUUAAGAAGGGAGGUGGUGCUGCAAAUACUAAUAUCAUUUAUCAUGGUGGUAAAUUCCUGGCACUCGAAGAAGGACACAAACCAAUGGAAGUUACAUUCCCAGAUUUGAAAACAGUUGGAGAGUUUGAUUUUAAAGGAAAAUUGAAACAUAAUUUCACUGCUCAUCCAAAAAUUGAUCCAAGAAAUGGAGAGAUGAUUUUCUUUGGAUAUGAAUUGAAUCCUAGAGGAACCUCUUUCAGAUAUGGUGUCACUGAUAAGAAUCUUGAUAUUAUUCAUUCACAUGAGUUCACCAAGGAAGAAACUCCAUACGUUUGCAUGAUUCAUGAUAUGGUCAUUACUGAAAAUUAUUCAAUUGUUGGAUUUUAUCCAUUGAUUUUGGAUGUCAAGAAGGUUCUAACUGGUGAAAAUCCAAUCGUAUUCGAUGAUACCAAACCAACCAAGAUUGCUGUCUUCCCAAGAUUGUACGAUGGCAAGUCGAGCAAGAUACAAUUCUUUGAAGCUGAAACUGGUGUUGCCUUUCACUAUAUUAAUGCUUAUGAAGAAAGAGAGGGUGAUGAUUUAUUGAUUAAGAUAUUGGUUCACGUUCAAAAAUCAUUCUCAAUGACUGAUUUUUCAAAAGGGCAACCAUUCCCAUAUGAAUACACUCUGAACUUAACAAGUGGCAAGUUAAUUUCAGAAGGUUUCUUAAAAACCCUCGACGGAAAUCAAUUACCCUCUGGAGAGUUCCCUGUCGUAAGAGGAGAAAUCACUGGUCAAAAGAAUAGAUUUUUCUACUACAGUUUAGUAGUUGAAAAAUCAGAACUAUUCGUUGCCAAUUCAAUUGCCAAAGUUGAUUUGGAAAAAGGAAAUGCAUUCCAAACAAUUACCAUUCCAAACAAUGGAAUGAUUGGAGAAGUUUCAAUCAUACCAAGAUCUGAAGAAGAGGAUGAUGUCUACAUUGUAUGUUAUGCCUACCAUGAACAUUCCAAUUCUUCCACAGUGUUUGUAUUCGAUGGAAAGACAAUGAAUAACACACCAUUAGUGAAUAUUGAGCUACCAAGAAGAGUACCUUUUGGUUUCCAUGGUAACUUUUUCGAAACUCAAAAGCUUCUUAAAUAAUCCAUGUAAUCCCACAAUGUUCAUGAAAAUCAACACAACACAAUGCGGAUUAAUAAACAUUGUCAACAACUUGUC